AUGGACCGUUCUAGUCAGGACAUUGACCUUGAGUCUCUUGGCUCGACUGAUUCAGCCCAGCAUCAACAAGUCCCAGAACGAGCAGUCUCUCGUACUGACACCAACACCGAUGAAGCUGCCUUGGAAGAGUUCGAGCCGAGCAUCUUGGAGCGAGCUGUGGAUUCAAUAUGGGGUAGAUUCUCAUCAUGCGAUGGAAGCGGCCAGGUAACUCAUCCUGACCGUGGUUGGAGGCCGUGGUGUAUCAUCCUGUCAUGCCAUUUGAUCUUUAUGAACACCUGCGGCUGGGUUAACUCUUCCGGUGUUUUCCAGAUGUAUUACACUGAGAACACGUCUCUUCCCGCAGGCAAGAUCUCGUGGGUCGGAUCUAUCGGUGCUUACUUUCUCUUCUUCGUUGGGGCUCUGACGAGCUGCCUGGUCUAUGCUAAUACUGUUCGCUGGAUCUUCAGUAUAGGCAUCAUCCUGCAGUUCUUCGGUCUCAUUCUUACUUCGGUAUGUAGGGAAUACUGGCAAUAUCUCCUGGCGCAGGGCGUUUUGAUCGGCUUGGGUCACGGUCUCAUCUUCUGUCCUGCUCUUGCAGUUCUCUCAACUGACUUUGCGACACGAAGGCCCCUCGAGAUCGGAUUUGCUGCGUGCGGAAGCGUGAUGGGCGGAACCAUGUUUUCAGGCAUCGUGCGGCUCCUUCUCCCAAAUUUGGGUUACGAAUGGACGUUGGUGGUUGUGAGCUCGGUGAAGCUGGUCACCUUGGUCCUCGCGUUGAUACUGGUCAAGCCGAAAGCCAAGCCUUGUCAAUCCCAUCCGAUAAUUGGGUUUGCUAUGUUCAAGGAUACCGAGUAUAUCAUGUUUGUCGUCGCUUCCUUCUUCACUACGAUGGGAGUUCACAUUGCUUAUUAUUUUUUAGCAUUGUAUUCACGAACCGCCUUCAAUGCCCCCCUCUCUUCUGAGAAAUCACUAUAUCUGCUCGUGAUCUUCAACGGCAUUGGUAUUGUUGGCUACUUUGCCACGUUCGUGGCAAGCCAUGUCUAUGGGAUUAUCAAUGUAUCAACACUGGUCACGCUAGCCGCAUCACUAUUCAUUUACUUUUGGAUAGCCGUACAAAAUUCUGUCGGCCUGUACGUUUGGUCUGCAUUCUAUGGUAUCGUUGCCGCAGCUGUACAGAGUCUUUUGUCUACGGGUGCGUCGUCGUUCACAGAGGGCCAAGACAGGCGCGGUGUGAGAGCCAGCGUGACGUUUAUGAUCGCGAGUAUUGCGGCGCUGACUGGACCGUCCAUUGCAGACGCAAUCAUAGAGCUACAAGGGGGCUAUAUGGGUGCGCAAGUUUUUGGCGGGUCGGUGACACUGUUGGGUUUUGCAAUUUUGGCUGCAGCGAAGAUUAGGUGGAUGAAAAGAACCAGCGUUGGGUGGUUAGAAAAGAUCUGA